UACAGCAACAGCUCCUUCCUACCCCUUUUUCCUACCUCUGCUUUCUGUUCUAUCUUUUCUGCUUGCAACAUGUCUGGGUUAUCAGCAUAUAAAAAGAUGAACAAAAAUUACCUAACUGCUGAGUGCGCAGGAAGAGGAAUUGACAUUAAUGGCAAAAAUCGUGAAGGCUUGAUACAUGCCCUACAGGAGUUUGAUAUCCAGGCAAACCAGAACCUGGAGGGAACCGGACCAGAAAGGGGUUCCGCUACUCCAGAGCCCAGUGGUUCAGAGGCGGCCUCACUGGAUAGGCCAGCAGAGACUGACACUGGAAUACCACGGAUUGUUACCCCCAAGCCAACACAUGAGCAGGCCAACACCCCAUUGCUUGCAACCAGCAUGGACUCUCCUCAAAUGCAGGAAACGCUACAAAACCUCAGGGAAACGGAUCCUGUGGUGUACCUACAGUUUCUUGAGCGUCAGGCUGAGAGAGAGGAGCGCAGGGCUGCGGCUGAGCGAGAGGAACACCAGGCUGAGAGGGAGGCUGCGCAGAGGGAAGCUGAUCGUCGACACGAACUGGAGAUGACUAGGCUCCAGCAGCAGCGACAGGUUCAGAACCCCGGAUCCCUAGAGCACAGGGAUGCCGCUCUGCCAGUAGCUCCGGCAGCCAAAUUUCCUGUUAUGGAAAAGGACAGUGACAUUGACGUGUAUCUACUGUCGUUUGAAAAAACUUGCCGUCAGUACCAUCUGCCCCCAGCACAAUGGGCCCGGUACCUGACGCCAGGGCUACGAGGCAAGGCCCUGGAUGCUUAUGUUGAACUGUCUGAAGAGCAGGGCAAUGAUUAUGAGGCCCUAAAGGCUGCGAUCAUCCAAAAGUUUCAGCUAACCCCGGAAGUGUACCGGAAGCGUUUUAGGUCCUUGCAAAAAGGGCCUGGGGACUCAUACCUGGAUGUGGAAAGUCACUUACGCACCACAUUCCGGCAGUGGACUAAAGGCUUGAAAGCUGAUUCUUUUGAGUCCCUGGAAGAUCUUAUGAUUGAAGAUCAACUUUUGCACAUCUGUCCUACAGACGUCAGACAGUUUGUGCUGGAGCGAAAGCCAACCUCGGCUAAAGUAGCAGCAGAACUGGCAGAUACCUAUAUCCACUCUCGGGUAUCUGACCAUCGCAAGGCUCCUCCGAACGGCUGGAAAGGAGGGAAAUCGCACAUGGCAACCCCUCCUCCACCUGCCAACCAAGUCCCUCAGCAGAUGGAACCUGCAGUUCUUGGUGCCAAGGCAUUCCUGACUAAUAAUCGCACAUGCUACACCUGCGGGAAAGCCGGACAUCUCAAGGCACAGUGCCCUGAGCAGAAGAAGCUGACAUCACCUGGCCAUCCGGCCAGCAACCCUUCUGCUGUACUGUUCGUCAGUGGGAAACCUCCAGGAACCAAUGCCAACUUGCAGCCUGUCACCGUAGGCCACCGGACUGUAAUAGGGUUGCGUGACACUGGAGCAGAAGUUACGUUGGUCAGACCAGAGGUGAUAGAAGAAACAGACAUCAUCCCAGAGAAGUUUCUUACCCUCACUGGAGUGGGGGGAACCCUUUCCUGUGUGCCCCGUGCCGAUGUUUUCAUCGAUUGGGGUGCCGGGAGUGGGAUGAGAGAGGUGGGCGUCUCAGAGGAGAUCCCUACUGCUGUGUUGUUGGGUGCUGAUUUAGGUACCCUUGUUUCUUACUAUGUCCCUGCUAAGAGCACCCAGGAUGCUCCCACGGAACUCUCUGGACCUACCAAGGUACUGUGUACAGAUGUUGGGGUAAUAUCUGGGAAACCUGUGGAUGGACAGAGGGAGGGGGAGGGUGAAGUUGAAGUGCAAGGUCCUCCUUAUUCAGAAACAGGAGAGGAGACCCCCUUGCUUGGGAAGGUAACUGAUACAGGUUCCAAUGAUGCUGCAAUGAUAAAUGUUAAAUGUGAUGAUGCUGAUGUUGAUGUUGAUGCUGAUGUUGAUGAUAAUGCAUUGCCCGUUUUAGUGGUCACUCGCAGUGCUGCCAAGGCGGCCGAGGUGCAGGCCCUGAUCGCAGAACAGCAGGAGGAGGUCUCUGGGCCCUCUCCCUGUUCUGACCCAGCGGACUCCACCUCUGUUGAGCCUCAGCAGCCGUCCUUGUUUGCCACAGGACUGCUGGCUGGGACUUGUGGUUCUGCCUUUGAAACAGCACUGCAGACAGACCAAACACUAGCACAGCUCAGGAGUUCAGCUGAUCGCCCCCCUGCAGAGAAUUGCAAACAAAAGGUCUACUGGGAGAAAGGGAAACUGUACAGAGAAGGUUUGCCUGCAGAGGGGAAUGAGACUGACACAAGAAGCAGGCAGCUAGUUGUACCCAGUCAAUUUAGGGGACAGCUGCUAACUGACAGCAGGGAGGUAGAUUCAGAACUCCUGAUUAACUCCAAAAUGACCCCCACCCAGGUACCUGGGCUGAAAAGAGUGCUGGCAGUACAUGGUAGCAGGUUUACAGGGAAACCUGGGAGGACGCACCUCGCUAUCCACCAGGUGGACACCGGGACACAUCCGCCCAUUAAACAGUCGGCCUAUCGCGUCUCCUUGGAGGUGCUGGCUGACAUGAAAAGGGAGGUGGAGGAAAUGCUGCAGCUGGGGGUGAUUCAGAAGUCCCACAGUGCCUGGGCAUACCCAGUAGUCCUGGUCCCCAAAAAGGAUCGGACUACCAGGUUCUGUGUGGACUACCGGAAGCUGAAUGCCAUCACCACUGCAGAUGCCUACCCCAUGCCCCGGAUUGAUGAGUUGUUAGGCUGGCGGCCGCCCACUAUAUAA